AUGGCCGCCGGCCGCCGCCUGCCCGCGCUGCUGCCGCUGCUGCUGCUGGCCUGCGCCGCGCUGGCCCAGCGCCCCCUCACAGAGAAGCAGCGCGCCUGCCUGCUGCCCCCCGACGAGGGGCCCUGCCGCGCCCUGGUGCCGCGCUGGUACUACGACCGGCACACGCAGAGCUGCCAGGAGUUCACCUACGGGGGAUGCUACGGCAACGCCAACAACUUCCUCACCUUCGACGACUGCGAGAAGAGCUGCUGGACCAUCAAGAAAGUGCCCAAAUUAUGCCGUAUGGAGGCUGAUGGAGGACCUUGCAGGAGCUAUCUAAGAAGAUAUGCCUUUAACUUGAGCUCGAUGAGGUGUGAGGAAUUCAUCUAUGGUGGCUGUUAUGGAAAUGGAAACAACUUCAGAGAUUUGCAGUCUUGUGUGGACCACUGUCUGCCAGAAAAAACUGGCCCCUUGCUAUGCUAUAGCCCAAUGGAUGAAGGAUUGUGUUCCUCUUCUGUGCCUCGCUAUUACUAUGACACCAAGACUAAAUCAUGUAAAGAGUUCAGAUAUACUGGCUGUGGUGGAAAUGCCAACAACUUUGUCACUGAAAAGGAUUGCUACAAUGUCUGCAGAAAUGCAGGAAAUCAGAAACCUGGUAUCAACAAGCCAGCAAAUUUAUCCCGCCGAAAAAUAGUGAGAAAACUGAAGAAAAAAUCUCAGAUGUAUAACCUGAAGUCUUAAAGCUGAUGUGCACUUGGAUGUUUGAUACACUUUUUGUUGAUUCCACUUUCUUCUUUUGUAAGAUAUUUUUCACAAAGUUUUAUACUGACAUAGUUCUGUCUUUCAGAGCUGCUUUUUAUGCAAUUUACUUUUUUAUAAGAAACUGCAUUUAAUAGAAUAAUGAACCUAAGUUUGGUUCUUCUGCUGUGUUGUCUUUGCAAUAAUAUUUUGGAAAGACUUGUUUAGAUUUCCAUGUUUUUAUGGGGGAAAUGUUACUACUGCCUUGGGAGAAUAUUUCAGCUGUUGCAAGUCAGUUAAAAUUUGAAAAAUCAAAUGUCUGUUAUUAUAACUAAGGAGAGUCCAACACUGAAAAUCUACCAUGGAUUUUUAAUUUUUUUUUUUUCAUCCUCUGCUUGCUAAAGAAGAGGAACUUUUCACAAGUGUGUUCAGAGGUUUAUUGCCCUGCCAUUUACAUAGUUUGGCCCUGUCAUUUAAAUAGAUGGUCAUUUACAGUCAAUGUUCAUAGUAAAGGCUUUCAGAAGUCUUCAUAACAGUACAAGAAGUAUAAAUUUAAAUGCAGCUUAUCCCACAGGAGAGAAUUUGGAAUAGAGAUGCCCUGAUAAACACUCUGACAAAGGCAAUGAAUAAGCUAGUUGAGCAUUAAAAUUAAACUGUAGCCAUUACUUUUUCAUGACAUUUGAAAUUUUGGCUAACUUACUCCAGAUCCUCAUAUGGCAUUAAUCAGCAUAGUUUUACUAAUUUUAAUGGAGCUAUGCUGAUUACAUCUGCAGAGGAUUUUGAUAUUUGUGAUAAUCCAGUAGCUGUUGAAGCAGAGCAGCAGAAGUUUCUGCAAAUUUCAUCUACAAAAGAGUAAUCCCUCUUUUGAGGCACUUUUAUAUUUCUUAUGGUAGGUUAUGCCUAUGGUGAUACUUUUGCACAUUCUUUUAUAUUUUGUAUUUUAAUAAUGUCUGAAUUUCAGUUAAUUUCACCAUCAAUAUUUUCUAAAUAAAAAUUCAUAAGUAAUGUUAAUAAAAUGUUUUUUGUGGAAAAAAAA